UUUGCUGAGGAAAUUCGACGGUACAAAGACAAUAUGAGGAAGUGUAAAGCAAGAAACAAGAGACUGAUAAAACAGCUUUGUGACCAGAAACAAACUAUAACACAACAGACCAACCAGGUUUGUUUUCUACUUUAUAGUGAAUCAUCCUACAAUUCAUUAAUAAAAUAUAUAGUAAUCAGUAUAACUAUAUUUGUGUCUCGCGUUACAACAGAAAACACAAACCAGGCAGUGAAUUCAAUAUAAUUAUGUAUUUAUGCGCUCGAAUUAUUAUGGACAUGGGUAACAAAGUUAAUGCCCAAAUCGCAAUAAAUUCGUUAGGAUGGGAGACACUAAAAGUACAAAGAACUAAAGCUAAGGCAAAAUUAAUGUUCAAAAUUUUGAAUAUGUCUGGGCCUAAAAGCCUAACAGACCUUUUUACCUACAAGAAUGAGAAUACGCAUUACUGUCUCCGUGACAAUGAAACAACACUCGUUUUGCCACAGCCCCGCACAAAUAGCAUGAAAAAGAGUUUUAUGUUUAAUGGGCCAAAAAUAUGGAACUCAGUGCCUAAAGAAAUCAGAGGAAUAAGGUCCCAGUCUCUAUUUGAAAGAAAAAUUGCUGCUCAUGUUUCUAAAUAAUAUAUUUAUACAUACAUAUAUAUAUCCUUUAUUGUAAAUAGUUAUCUAUGUGUUUUGUUAGUUGUCUAUAUUGUCAAUUUUGUCAAUUGGAACAGUUAGAUUAUUUCUAUUUUCUUUUAUUUGAUUCCAUAAGAGUCAUAACACUUAUAUAUAAUAACUUUUGAACACACGCCCUUCGUGGAAAUCAAUGUUUUUAAUUGACGUAGUUAGCUUGUCAAAAUAAAAUGUAUCUAUCUAUCUAUUUAUAUUAGGCAAAAUAUCUGGCAUACAAUACCCAUUUAUUGGAUCAAUUCCUUUCACAGGUUCAAUUCCUUCCAGAAGGCCUAUAUAGUUAAAUUUUUGCUACUGGUCCUGGUCUAAAAAUCAUUUUAAAAUUUAAUUUCCUUUCAAUAUCAACAGGAAAAUCAGAUGGAAGACAUUCCUGGACAGCCUGAAGAAAAUGAGAGUCAAGACAUAUUGGUGGAAGAAAGUUACGAUGAGCCUCCUGAUGAAAGUCAGACCGAAUCGGAUGAAGAAUGUGAUUCCGAGGUUUCAUGGAAAGCGAUGGAAGAAGAAGCUGAAGAGAAUGAUUAUGGCAACGAUGAAGAACUGAAUAGGGCAACACAAAAUACUAUUAGGUAUGAUAGACAUUACAUAUUUAUUAUGCCUUUCAAAAAAUUCCCAGGCCAGAAACUACAACAUGGCUUUUACAUAAAGCAUUUUUAAUUAUCUAAGUGACAAAACAUUGUAUAUGUUGACAACUUAUGUUACCCUGCGACAAGCAACAACAAAAAUGUGCUUGAGAUAACCUGCACAACUUACAAACACCCUAUUUCAUUGGUGUUGAAGCCGUGUGUGAGAACUACCAGGUGUCCCAAGAAAAACUGUACACUGUUUUUUUUUGUUGUAGCAUAAAAACUAUAAACGCUAUUGCACUUGAAAUUUCAUUGAAUUCGGAAAGGGCCAACUUAGAUUUUGAUACAUAACAUUUAAUUUUCCAUGCAAUAUUGACUGCGUUAUGGAUGUUUUAAAGUUGAACUGCCAUUUUUGAAAAUGCCAUUAAUUAGUAUAUAACGGCCUAUCAAAUACUCAUUUAGUACACCUGUUAAUUAUUUUAUUCUGGUUAAAAGAACGCAUGUAUGAACAAUAAAACUGUUUUCUAUAAGUCUAUUAAAAAGCAAAAGUUUUAUAAAUAAAACAAUUCUAUUGUACAUAUAUGUGCGUUCUUUUAAUCAGAAUAAAAAAAUUCACAAGUGAACUAAAUGGGUAUUUGAUAGGCCAUUUUUUUACACCCGUUACAUUUCUCAAACAAAAAUAAAAGUUAGAAAUAACCAGAUUUGACAAUUGGCUACUUACUAUAGUAUUAUCGUUUAUGUACCACUGACUGAAUUAAAUGAAUUUUUUUCUUCUGGCAGUGUACCACCUAAUGUCAAAUGCCAAGACGAACCAAAGUUCAUAGUGUUCUAUGGUACGAAGGACAAACCAACAGUGUAA